AUGGUUAUGGACCACGAGACUACCAUUGUUGUGAAGCGGGGCGGCCGGAGGUCCGUGGUGCUGCUGCCCGCGCUGUUGCUGUUGCUGCUGGGAGCCGGAUGCGCGCAGUACGAGCACUACAGCUUCCGCAGCUUCCGGCUGGACGAGCAGAUGCCCCUGGAGUCGGCCUACAGCCACGCGCUUGACCAGUACGCCGGCAAGCACUGGGCAGAGAGUGUGGGCUACCUGGAGAUCAGCCUGCGGCUUCACCACCUGCUGUGCGACAGUGAGGCCUUCUGCAACCUCAACUGCAGCCAGGCGGCGCCGCAGCCCAAGCCCAAGCCCUAUCGCAGCCUCGCGCGCUACCGGGAGCUCCGCGUCUUCGCCGGCCUGCUGCGUCAGGCACACUGCCUCAAGCGCUGCAAGCAGGGCCUGCCCGCCUCAUCGCAGCCCGGUCGCGAGGUGGUGACCAACUUCCAGUGCUGCAAGCCCUACAAGUUCCUGCAGUUCACCUACUUCAAGGCCAACAACCUCCCAAAAGCCAUCGCCGCUGCUCACACCUUCCUUCUGAAUCAUUCUGAGAUGAUGAAGAGAAACAUGGCGUAUUACAAGAGCUUGCCCGCCGAGGACUACAUUAAAGACUUGGAAACCAAGUCAUGCGAGAGCCUGUUCAUCCAGUCACUGCGGGCCUACAAUGGUGAAAACUGGAGAACGUCCAUCACAGACAUGGAGCUGGUCCUGCCUGACUUCUUCAAAGCCUCUUAUGAAUGCCUUGCUGUGUGCGAGGGCUCCAGGGAGAUCAAAGACUUCAAGGAUUUCUACCUUUCCAUAGCAGAUCAUUACAUAGAAGUUUUGGAGUGCAAAAUACAGUGUGAAGAGAAGCUCACUCUGGUUAUAGGAGGCUAUCCAGUGGAAAAGUUCGUGGCUACCAUGUAUCAUUACCUACAGUUCGCGUAUUACAAGCUGAGUGACCUGAAGAACGCGGAGGCCUGCACUGUCAGCUACCUGCUGUUUGACCAGGAUGACAAGGUCAUGAAGCAGAACCUGUUCUAUUACCAGUACCACAGGGACAAGUGGGGCCUCUCGGAGGAGCAUUUCCAGCCCAGGCCGGAAGCAGUUCAGUUCUUCAAUGUGACUACACUCCCGAAAGAGCUGUAUGGCUUUGCUAAGGCAAACCUCAUGGAUGAUGAUGAGGGAAAGGUGGUGGAAUGCGUGGAUGUCUUGGAUCUGGAAGAGACCGGCUAGUCUAUAGCAACUAAAUGGACUUCCUCCAGGUGUUGUCGUCCUUUCCCCAAUAGCUGGAGUUGUGGAUACCUCAAAGUCUUCCCCAAAGUGGAAGGGAAGCCACCAUCUCUCUCACUCCGUGAAGC